AUUGUUUUGCCCGCUGCCGCCGCCGCCGCCGUCGCCACCGCCGCCGCCAGAGGAGCAGCAGCGCUUGUGUAAACCGGGAAGAUGGCGGCCGGCGGCGGCGGAGGCAGCAGUAAGGCCUCCUCCUCGUCGGCCUCUUCGGCAGGGGCUCUGGAGUCCUCGCUGGAUCGAAAAUUCCAGUCGGUAACUAACACCAUGGAAUCCAUUCAAGGCUUGUCGUCUUGGUGUAUAGAGAACAAGAAACACCACAGUACUAUCGUCUACCAUUGGAUGAAGUGGCUCCGGAGAUCUGCCUAUCCCCACCGUUUGAAUCUCUUUUACCUUGCCAAUGAUGUCAUACAGAACUGUAAAAGAAAAAAUGCAAUCAUAUUCCGUGAAUCAUUUGCUGAUGUACUUCCUGAAGCAGCUGCUCUAGUGAACAAAUUUUGUAUCCAGCAUUUCCCAAGAUGUAUUUCAUGGAAUACGAGUGUUAUGAAGUGGUCAGAGAAAGAAAGGUUCUUUGCCAGUUUGGAUGUUAAUAUGUCCCCCAAAAUACCAUUAUCUUUAUUGCAGUCUUGUGGGGACAGACGUAUUAGUGUUGAUUAGGUUGGAACCUAUUGA